UGUGUGUGGAAGAAAAGAUGCAACCGUUCCCAAAAUAGAUCCCAUGCUUGUUAGGAGCAAUCAAUCACCUUUGUCCCCUCACAAUUAUCAAUAUUCAAAUUCAAACUCACUUUAACCCUCUUUUAAUACAGCAGAGAACAGAGUGAGGAAGCGUGGAGAAAUAACUCAAUACAUGGCUGCAUUGCACAAGUUCAAACUCUUCACAACGCCCUGUGGAGUGGGGCAAAACCCAACCCAAAGCCCGAGGACGAGCCCGUUGGUUCAGUUCCGGCGGCCCAAAACAUCCCUGCGCACUCUUCUUAGCCUGAACCGGUCACCUCGGCGAGCCGUGGAGAAGGAUCCCAUGCGGAGACACUCCCUGAAGGACCUCUUUGUGUCCUCGCCACCACGAGAGGAGCAGGUGCACGAUCACGAAACUACUCCAAUGUUGGUUUCCGUUGCGGUUCCGCAUUCUUGGAGUAACGAACCCGGUUCAACGAACUCGCCUUGGACCGGUUUCCGUUGCAGGUCGUUGUUGAAAAGGAAAUACUGGCGCCCUCUCCUCCUCACUAUUCCCGAAUGAGCUGUUCCACAUCAAAGUUUUGCUUCUCUAUUUAAGUCUCCUUAAAUAUAAUUGCAUUUUAUCUUGGUUAUAAUAUUCACUAUUCUGUGAUAUUGAAAUCAUUUACAUUGUGAUUUGACGUGUAUCGGUCUCUUGGAUUGAAAUGGAUGUUAAUAAAUUUAAAUUUUUGGUCUCAAUUUAACUUACUGAAGUAUUCUUGUGUUGUGAGAAGAGAAGCUGUUG